CAGCACGGCGGCUCGGGCCGGGCGGACUGCGGCUCCCGGCGAGCCUUGCGCGGCCCCGUGACGGGGCGGGGGGCAGCGCUGCGGCAGCGGCGGAGCGGACGCCCUGGGCUGGGAGCCGCUGCGCCUGCCUCUGCCCUAUUGUGUGGCGCGGCGGCGGCCCCGGUGCCGGCCGCCAUCUUGUGCGCAGCGGGGCUGCGCCGCGCCGCCGCUGCCGCAGCGUCCGCCUCGGCGGGGGCCUCGUCUGGCGGGGCCGCGGCCGCCCUCCUGCCUCGAGGGGCCGCGGCGGCGGGCAGCCCCAGCGCGCCGGAGCGGGGCCGCGCCCCCGCUGCGGGGGCUGCGGAGGGUGGGCGCCGCCCUGCCCCGCUCCGAUCCGCUUCGCACCGCGCCCGGGGACGGGCUUCCCCGCGGCGGCCCCGGAACUGAUGCCCUGCCCCGCCUAGAGGCGCAGCCCCGGCUGGGCCCCGCCGCGCCUGGCCGCCAGUGACGGUUGCCGCCAUCGCUCUCUGCUGCCCCCCUUUCCUUUCCGAUGCCUCCGCUGGACGAGGAGCCGCCCGCGCUGCCCGCCUCCGUGGCGUAGCCCGUCCGCGCCGCCAGCCCCGCUCUGACGAGCCGGGCGCCCACUCGCCGCCGGCGCCGGUCAGGAGACGGGGCGGCAGCGCUGAGCAGCCGCCGCCGGCGCGCCCGCCCCAUCAGGCGAGGGCCGGGCGCCCACCCCGCGGCCCGCGCCUCGCCGCCGCCCUCCUCAGCCAGCGCAGCCCGGCGGCCGCUGCUGCACCAUGAAGAUCAAGGAUGCCAAGAAGCCAUAGCUAAUGGAUCAAUGAUUGUAUCUCCACAGCUUUUCCAUGGUUUGGCAUGGACAUUGGGGGAACUUUGGUGAAGCUUGCGUAUUUUGAACCUAUUGAUAUCACUGCAGAGGAGGAGCAGGAGGAAGUUGAAAGCUUGAAGAGUAUCCGCAAAUAUCUGACUUCUAACGUAGCCUAUGGAUCCACUGGCAUUCGAGAUGUCCACCUUGAACUGAAAGACUUAACUAUUUUUGGUCGAAGAGGAAACUUGCACUUUAUUCGAUUCCCAACUCAUGAUUUGCCCACUUUUAUUCAAAUGGGAAGAAAUAAAAACUUUUCAACACUACAUACGGUGCUUUGUGCCACUGGAGGUGGCGCUUAUAAGUUUGAAGAAGACUUUCGCACAAUUGGAAACCUCCAGUUGCACAAACUGGAUGAGCUUGACUGCCUUGUCAAAGGCUUAUUGUAUAUAGACUCUGUCAGCUUCAAUGGCCAGGCAGAGUGCUAUUACUUUGAAAAUGCCUCAGAACCUGAGAGAUGCCAAAAGAUGCCUUUUAACCUGGAUGACCCGUAUCCACUGCUGGUAGUUAACAUUGGUUCAGGAGUCAGUAUCUUAUCAGUCCAUUCCAAAGACAACUAUAAAAGAGUAACUGGAACAAGUCUAGGUGGAGGGACCUUUCUCGGUUUAUGCAGUUUGUUGACGGGCUGUGAAAGUUUUGAAGAAGCUCUGGAAAUGGCGUCCAAAGGAGACAGCACACAUGCUGACAAGCUGGUUCGAGAUAUUUAUGGAGGAGACUACGAAAGAUUUGGCUUGCCAGGAUGGGCAGUAGCAUCCAGUUUUGGGAAUAUGAUCUACAAAGAGAAGAGAGAGUCUGUGAGUAAAGAAGACCUGGCAAGAGCCAUACUGGUCACCAUCACCAAUAACAUUGGGUCUAUUGCCCGGAUGUGUGCGGUAAACGAGAAAAUAAACAGAGUUGUCUUUGUUGGCAAUUUUUUACGUGUGAAUACUUUGUCAAUGAAGCUUCUUGCAUAUGCACUGGAUUACUGGUCAAAAGGCCAACUGAAGGCCUUGUUCCUAGAACAUGAGGGAUACUUUGGAGCUGUUGGUGCUCUUCUUGGGUUGCCAAAUUUCAGUUGAGAUACCAGAUGUCACUACACUGAACUGUUUUCCACCUGGAUGGCACUUGUUUAUGGCAAUGGAAACUAAAUCUGGGGAGGGGAGAUAAAAACAGCAAACUUGCUGCAACUGUUUUUAAAUUUAAGAAGUGAUAAGCUACUGAAUAUUGCCAUUGUAAGGAAGGGGAUUUUACUCUUUUGGGCAUUGAAAAGUGAAAUAUUAGGGAUAUCGUUUAUGUUCUUCGGUACACGUAGCCAGUAUUGAACUUUUAAUAUGCAAUACAUCCUCUGAAAACAAGCUUCCAGAAGAAGGAAUGCCAGUCCUUCAGGUGUUCAGCACUAAAAUAUUGUGAGUUUAUUCCAAAGGCUUUAAGCCCAUCUGUUCUGAAUAUAGUUGAUGAAUAACAAAUUAUUUUCAUUAGUUAUACUCUAUUAAGAGCAGAAUUUCCUGUGUGUACUUACAGAAUAAACAACUUUUAAAAACUGUAAAGUACUAGCAAUAAGAUGGGGAAACCAUACGCAAUUGCUUUCCACAGUAAGAACAGCAAAGUGUUAACAGCAUUUGGUGUUCUAAUAAUCAUUCCGUUUUGAUGGAAAAAAAUAUUUAUGCUUUAUUUUUCAGUGGGGAAGAAUAAAGGGACAAAAGAUCAGCCAAAGGAAAGGAGCAAGUAGUUGGAUGUUUUGAUGGUUUCAUGCAGAUAGGCACUUGCCCUCUUUGCUUGUUUGAAGAUAUAUUGUAUUUUCAGAAGGUCCCCUCUUUGGAUUAUGGUAAGGAUUCAAAGAGCAAGGAGUUCUUUGAGAGGUUAUGGCUUCCAAAAUUUCUUGGCUGUCUUCUGGUUUUCGGUCUCUUUUAUGAGUGACAUUCUGACAUCAUUACUUGUAAAGGCACCACCGAGCCUGUGAGAGUUGAAGAUAUCCUCAUAAAAUUGACUAAAAAUGGGACCUUGUAAUUCUGAUAGUUUGACUUGUUAUUUCUGUGGAGGUUUGAAAAACUUCUCCCCCAUCCUAUUAGUUUGAAAAAUAUGAUUUCUCUCUAAUUUUAUGGGUUGAUCAUUGACAUUAAAAAAGAAAGACCUUUAGCUUGUGUUUGAAUUUGGAAGCUUAUUUUUGGAGGUUGAGGACAGCAUCAGAGUUUGUAUUGCAGCACCAAAAGGACCAAUAUGUAGUGCCCUUGCAUUAUGGAACUGUUCAUCAAACUGUGGCCUUGGGAUAAAAUCCAUACUCUGGAACUGUGUUUUGGGUUUUUUCUGUAUACUUUUAAAAUUUAUAAUUGUGAUUAUUGUAAUAAGUCUAGUCUUGAAGCCGGGACAUAAGAUCUUAAACUAGUAAGAGCAUUAUACAGUCAUUAGCUAUAUGAUUCUUUGUAGACUAAAGAAAUAACCAAUUUUAUGAUAUGUUUUUAAUGUUAAAUGUUUCCUAUAAGUGCAUGAAGAGCAACCAGACAAGAACACAUUUGUGUUGGGUUUUAAUGUGUUUUUAAAACUGAUUGCUGGAGUAUUCCACAGCAUGGCUACGUUGUAUUUACAGCCACGCCACCUAUCCGCCUAGCAUGUAAGCAAGUUCUAUGUGCUAUUUUCAGCCAUCUGUCUUUUCUUUAAAUUCAGAGCUCCAUACUAACAUCAUUUAAAAAAAAAAAAAAAUCUUCUGUAGUCCCCCCAAAGCACGGUAACUUAAAGUAGCCACUUCAUUAAGCCCAGUGCCAAUCUCGAAUAUGGUUUGGUCUACUGUUGCAUUUUUCUGGUACUCACGUUACAUUUCCAUUCUUUUUGCUUUGAUAGCAUUUUAGUCUAGACAUAAAAAAGAAAGGAUGAAUUAUACCCACAGUUCAGCUGUUCUAAUGCUAAUCAGAGAACUUCAGAAAAUAGCUGAUUAUGGCUUCUCUAGAGUGUCUUUAUAAAUGCUGUUACUGUUUCCUUCAAGUUAUGAUCAACUAUAGCAGGUAAGCUUUAUUUGGUUAUAAAACUUCAUGAAAACUUAAUUUUCGGAAUGUUUUGACAGUAUCUUGAAAACUUUGCAUACCGACUGCAUGUUUUUUUCGCAGAGUGAAAUACUUCAAGACACAUAUACCAUAACUUGAUUAAAACAGUUCCUUUAGUCUAUAUUUAUUGCUACUUCACUUCUUAUAUUCUGUUACUGAAACACAGAGCUGCUCUUGAAGCAGUAGUUGGAAAUAACUUGUGCAUUUAACCAGAAGCACAUGUAGGAGAUGGUUAGCUAAUGACCAUGGUUAGUUUAAAUCCUUUGAAAUUGAUGUGACCUAAGAUGUAACAUUUUUAAGGUAAACUGUACAGAGUUAGGGAAUAAAUUUCUGAAGUAAUUCUUGAAUAGUCGUACUGUAUUGAAACUACUGUGAGAAUCAAGAAGUAUGCCCUACCUCUCUCUCUCUUUCCCUGAGCUUGGUAAGAAUUGGCUUCCUUUCUAUAGUUUUUAUCAGCACAAGUGUUAUUUAUUACAAGAGCCAUCAGAGAAGUUUUCAAGCCCUGCUGAAAAGCUCAAGGGUGCUGUAUGCAAGCCACAUCUUUGGGUUUUGUCUCAUUAUUCUCUCUCAGCUUGAAAUUUGUUACUAGAGUCUCCAAAGCAUGACUGUGCCAUGAGCAGAAAUGCUAAGUAUCACAAAUACUUGUAAGAUUAGUCUUGAAGUCUUUAAUCUAAAUUCUCUUCUAAAUAGGUUGAAAAGGCUUGUUUUUUAUAGUAAAUCACUGAAGUAGACUUUUUCCUGAUUUUUUUGCUGUUUUUACUUUCACACUUGCCAUUUCCUUUCCUCAAAGCUAACUGGUUGAAGUGACUUCAGAGUGAACUGAUUCAGUGUCAUGUACUAUAGUAGAGGAAAUUUGGGGUUUUCGCAGGGCUACUGAUGUUUUCUCAAGUGGGACAACUUCAUUUAAGAAAAGUUGUGUGAUACUUCUAAAGUAAGAUGUAAAGCUCAUUUUGAAUGUUUAGUUGCUUUCAGCUCAAUCAGCCAUGUGAGUGCCUUUUAAUUUUUCAUAUAAUGCCAAUUUUGCUGGUACUGGGACUUGAUCCAUGAGGUUUCCUAGCUCAUAUUACUCAUCAGAGAAAUGGCAAUUUGUUGGUCAUGGAAAUGAUGCCUUCAAUCCAGGGUAUUGAGAGAUUCCAGGAAAACAGCAUCAGAUUUCUGGCUUCCCAUCCCCAUAGCCCUUAUAUUUGCAUUUCUUCCUCUCAUCCCUCUAGCUUGAGCUUUUUAAGCAUUAUGCACAAUUUUAUCAUAUCAGAAUCUCCCUAAAAAUCAUACUAGUUUUUAGUCAGAAAAAUACAAAUUAUUUCUGGACAAAUAAAUUAAUUUUAUAUCAAGCUAUCCCAAGUUGGUAUGGCUAUUAAACUUAACCACUUCCACCUUUCUAGUUCUACCUAAGCUAACUGCAGUUUGAACAAGAAGGGAACUUUUUCUACAGUACAUUUUAAUAUUUAGCAAACUUGAAUGAACAUACAUCUUCAGUCUUUUUUACUGAAGCUGCCAGAGGCUCAAGUAUAAACAUUUUUCCAUUCUUUUUUAAUAAAGCCUCAUUAAAUUUAACAAUUCAGAGAGAAGCAACACUGAUACCAUUUAUUUUUAUCUUAUUAAAAGUUUGGUCCAGACUUUCAAAGGUUGUUCAAAUCUACAGCCUACCUUUUGAAGAACUUUGCCUUCUUUCCAUAGUGUAGUUUGCAAGCAUACACCUAUGUGAUUCUACCAACACCUCAUAGAUUACUUCCUUUUGUAAUCUGAGAGUUACAACAUGAAAAGAGUAAGAGGUCAUGCAGAGAAUAAGAGGUCUUGUUUACUCUCAGCCUGUAUAUUAAAAACAAAAGUUCAAUUCUGGCUUCUAAUAAUGCAUUAAAUAUUCCUUCAGUAGUACUGUGAGAUUCUUAUUUGCAUAUGUGUCAUUGGUAGUAUACACACGAGGUGGUCUUAUUGCCUUUAAGGACUGUAAUACUAGCUCUUUAUCCAGUGUAGGUCUUCAGGAAGUAUCUACUUCCAGAUAAGUCGCAAUAACUUCUCAUUCUUAAAAGCUUCAGAAUAACAGUGGGAUAUUAACAUUUGUAACUAACUCAAGUGUUGUUUUUCUUCUUUAGAGCAAAUCUGUGCUCUUUAAAGACUAGGCAGUGUCUUAUGAAUUCACUCCAUAACUUGCAUUAAUGCUUAAAUUUACUUUCAAACUAAUUUUUAAAUGUCAUCUUCAUUUUUCACACUGUUGAAACUGGAUGGCUAUAAUCCUGAGGAAACGGGUUAGUUAAGUUCAGAACGGAAUUCAAGAUCACUGCAGUUCUGUUCUGUAAUGAAGUUAGCUCUUCCCUUCACAGUUUUUUCCUAAUAACAGGGAUUUCUAGAUCCCUGUUUGGAUAAGAUGGGCUUGAAAGCCAUACAAUAUGUAGAAGAGUUUGCUUAGGUUAAAAAGAGAACAAAAAUGUUUUGGGUGAGAGGUAUUUGACCAAGACCUGUAGGCUACAGUGCAGAGUUACAAAACAUGCUUGACACGCAGAGCUAAUGUUUUGGUUUUAAUUUUCCCAUUUCUUUUUAAGGCACAGAAAGAUCACUGUAGAUAAAAUGAGUGAAUUAUUUUAAUUUCUCAUACGUAACCAAGAUUAUUUGGUAUGCAACAGAUGUGAGAGACAAAAAAAUGCCUUAUCACGCAGUAUGGAGGGAUAAUUCCUCGCUUACAUUCUUUGAGUUUUACUAAUAUAUUCCAAAGAACAUUGCCAGUAUUCUGUCAUCUGUGAUAAGUUUAAAAAACUAGUCCGCAAACAAGCCUGUUUUAUAAGUUUUGUUUACUUUUUCACACAUGUGAAGUGUAUUAAACACUCUUAAAACCAUGCUUUUUGGAAACAUCUCAAAAGAUGCUGUAAUAUAUUCAUAACUAUUAAUGUGCUAAUGGAAUAUGAGCAGUCUAGGUUAGGAUAACUGAGUGUCAAAUCCUGUUCACUUUAGUAACUCAAGUAGACAAUUCUCUUACAUGGGGAUUAUUUUAAACUAACGAGCAAGAUUUGGCCUCAAGGCCUUCUGACUGGGGAAAAUAGUAGUGCUACUUGGCAUAUUCCUGCUGGUGCUAAAUCAUUUGUUGAAAAUAAAGAUUAUAAAUAGAAAUUGUAAAUAAAAUAUUUAUGGCCUGGUCCUUUUGACAGACUUAAAUUUUCUCAUUUGCAAAAAUUUUUGGCCUUAUUUCAAGUUGCCCUUUUUGUUCGGCUGUGUGGACUGUGGUCAUUAACAUGGUAAGUUGCUGACAGGUUUGGCUUUUGUGCUGCUUUCUGUAAGGCCCGUAACAUUCCAGUUGUGCAUUAUGAUAUGGAUCACUCUCCUUUGCAAGACUUCAGUGUUACCCAUAGGCUUGUUUUAUUAAAUUAAUUAGAAUUAUUAAAAAGUAUUAAAUAGAACAAGAUCAGCAUAUGCUCUUUGCUGAAACUUCAAGAAAUUGAGCCAUUAGUGUAAGCAUUUGUGGGGGAGUUGUUGAAAAAUGCAAAAAACCCCUAUUUAAAGUGACAUCUUGAUUAGUCUUGUGUCUAAAAUAAGCUGGAAUAUGGUGUAAGAGUUGCUAAUCUUUGAUAGAUAACAAUUGCUAGCAUUUCACAAUUCUUCUAACAUCAAUUUAAGAAUGCUGUAAGUACCACCUUCAGGAGGAGGUAUUUGGUUCAGAUUAUUCAUUACAAAAGAUAAUUUCAUUAUAAGACUAGUGAAUUAGUAUUUUGGGAAAUACCACAUUACAGCAUCUAGAACAUGAAAAUUAGUGUAUUGAUGUUAGAGGAAAUGGAGAGCUUCUGAUAAUGCUCUUUUUUACACUCCUCAUAAGUUUUGGAAUUUUAACAAGCAAGUACUUUAAAUUUUCAUCUGUUGUCUUGUCAUAUGCAGGCCUUCUAAUGACCAAUUCCUGUCUUCAGAGUGUUUGUUUUAGUUACUUAGCAAAAUGGACAGGCAAAUUUAUGAACUGCAAGCCCAUGUAGGAUGGAAGUUCUCCUAAGAGCCAUUUGGUUAAGUUGCCUUAUUCUAGUACAUUGCACUCAUGUUACGUCUCCACUUUCUUGUUUACUGUUUUGACACUGAAGAUGUGAUGUAAAAAUACGUGUUACAAAUUUUUAUUCCUAAAUUACUGAUUGAUACCUGUGUCACCUGUUAAUACAGCUCUUGUAAAUGAUACCUUUAUGCCAUCUGUAAUACAGCUCUUGUAAAUUGUUUAAAUUAUUUUUCCUUUUAUAGAUUCUUGUUAUUGAAUGUACAGAUCUGGGUCCCUUUCAUAUUUCACUAACUAAUUACACUGUGGCCGAAAUGUGGUCAACACUGUAAUUCAUCCCAUCAAAACUGUAGGUAAUUCUUUACUACUUGUUUGCAUGAAUGAAAUUUGGAUUUCAUUUACUCUGUCACAAGCCAACUCCUCUGUGAUGGGCCUACUUCUUACAGUUUAUUUUCCUGGUUUUGUUACUGUUUGUUCUGUAUGAAUGUUGAAACAGUACUUUGUCUUUUCCUAAUAAAUAAUUUGAGAUUGUUCA